AUGCUUCCUCCGUUUUCGCUGGAGGACUAUGGCAUUUCGCCUGAAUUUGGCUUCCUCCCGCCAGAGCCGCCACUAACUCACCUGCCAAAUGAGUACUACGCAAAAUGGGAAUCCAUCGUCGGCAACCUCCAGCCCUUGCUGCUGAGCAAGCGCAUCCGGGCGAUGAUUGAUGGCAUGCCCGUCCUGUCGACGGAGUAUUUGCACGACGAGCCGGAAUGGCGCCGGGCUUAUGUAGUCCUGGUAUUCAUGCUUCAUGGAUAUGUAUGGGGUGGCGACCGUCCUGUAUCGAAAGUCCCUCCGCAGUUGACGAUUCCUCUGUUUCAGGUGUGCGAUCACCUAGAUCUUCCACCUGUCGCUACCUACGCUGGCGUCUGCCUCUGGAACUACAAGCCGAUAUUCGGCAAUGAGCCGAGCGCCGACCUCCAGGACUUGGCGUGUCUGCAGACCUUCACCGGAUCUCUGGACGAGCAAUGGUUCUACCUCGUCUCGGUGGCCAUUGAAGCUCGCGGCGCGCCUUCAAUUCCCCUCAUGCUCGACGCCAUCGUUGCAGCUAGCGCUGGCCAGACGGACGUCGUCGCAGAUUGCCUGCAGGAAUUUGCAGGGAUCAUCGACCAAGUCACCGAGCUGCUGCAACAGAUGUAUGAUAAUUGCGACCCCUACGUCUUCUACAACCGCAUCCGUCCCUAUCUUGCCGGGAGCAAGAACAUGACGGACGCCGGUCUCCCUAAGGAGGGCCUCAACUACGACGAUGGUAGCGGUGUGCCCAUCUACCGACAAUACGGCGGCGGCAGCAAUGCCCAGAGCUCGCUGAUCCAAUUCUUCGACAUUAUAUUGGGCAAGGACCCCGCCGAGAAGAGCCCCAAGGCUGGGCAUGGCUUUAUCCAUGAAAUGCGCAGCUACAUGCCUGGUCCCCACCGUCGGUUCCUCAACGAUGUCGAAGCCAUCGCCAACAUCAAGGAGUAUGUCGACGCCAACCGUGACCAGCCAGCCCUCGUGCUUGCCUUCGACGCUUGCCUAGCCACGCUUCGGAAUUUACGCGACAAGCAUAUCCAGCUCGUGUCCCGCUAUAUCAUUAUCCAGUCGCGUGGGGCUUCCCGUCGCCAAGUACCCCAGUCUAGCGCCAAACCUGAAGCCCCAGUCCGGGUGAAUCUCGCGUCUGCGGUGCCUUCAGACAGCAAGAAGCUUCGCGGCACAGGCGGCACCGCCCUCAUCCCGUUCCUCAAACAGGCACGCGAUGAGACUGGCGAGGCAGCAGUCGGUGCUUGGGCUCAACGCCUGCUCAGUAACGGGCCGCCACUUACUUCAUCUGCUCCCCUGAGCAAGGUUGGCGAACACGCUGAUGGGCACCUCGAGGUGGUCGGCCUCUGCGGAACAUGGACUGCGGCUGACAGUGAGGGGGGCAUCUGUCACUGGUGA